AUGUCAAAGAUUGCUAAGGUUGAUCAAAGAGUUAAGGAAUGUCUGGAAGAAGCUGGAUAUGAAAAAUGGGCUCGAUGUCACUCGCCUAUAAAUAGAGGUAGAAUGAUGACCUCAAAUAUAGCCGAAUGUAUUAACGGUUGUUUGGUUGAGGCUAGAAAACUUCCUAUUUUGAGUUUCCUUGAAGAAGUUAGAAUUUUAUUUACUGCCUGGAAUUGUAAGAACAACGAAAUUGCAUCUUACACUAAUACAACUCUUGGGAGAAGAUUUGAAGAAAUACUGACUCUUAAUAGGGUUAAAGCUUUGCGGAUGACGGUUGAACCAGCAGGUAGUUAUCUUUAUUGUGUAUAUGAUUCGGAACGGAGGUACAUUAUCGAUAUUGAGCGUGGCACGUACAAUUGUGGCCGGCCACACACCAUAGUCAAGAUAUAUGAACUCCCGAUAGUUCUAAUGCCAGACAAGAAGGAUUGA